AUGAUUAUGGUUGUAAUAUUUGGGACUGUACUAAUUGUUACAUGUAUAAAUAAACCAAAACAAAAACUCAGUGAAUAUGGAAAAGUAGAGUCAAAUAUAUCACUUCGUCCUGAAUUAACCUUCAAUGAGAUGUGCCAAAAAAUUAUUACUUUACAUGCAAAGCCAAUUAUAAAAACAUCAAUCGGUAUUGAUGUGCCUCGUUUAGCAACAAAAAUAAUUAUUAAAAAAUCGGAUAAAAUUAUUUUAAGCGGAGCAGAAAUAUUUAAUAAAUAUGAAAAAGAAAAGUAUUCCGCAGAACUUACUGUUAGAGAAGUUGUUAGUGAAAUGAUUGAACUAUUUGAUGGCAAUGAUAUGAAAGAAUAUUUUGAACAUACUUUUGAAGAUUUAUUUAAUUAUAUCAGAACUAAAACAGAAGGAGAUGUUAGUAGUUGUUUUAAAAAGUUAUUACCAAUAGUGUUUCCUGAAGAUUGUUUAACUAUAUCAGUUAUGAAAACAUUUACACAAGCAUUAUUUGCUGCGGCAGUAGAAUAUUUACUUCCGUUUAGAAGAAAACAUCAGUAUCAUGAUGGGUAUACUGGAUGGAAUAUUGAAGUUAUAAUUGAAUCACAAGAAAUUAAUAUUAAACAUACUAAAGGAGAAACAUCAUAUGAAGAAAAUGGAUUUAAUUUUGAAUGGUAUUUAAUAUAUAAAAUAGAUCGAAUUAACAAAAGAAUAAUUUCAUUAGAUUUACAAAUUGAUAAUGUUCAAUUUAAUAAUUAUCCAAAUGAUCUUCGUGAAGACUUUAUUAUUUGUAUAGAUAAAAUUAAUGCUGAAAGUCAUUUAAAGGAAUUAAAUUAA